GUUGCACUAAAAAAAAGUACUUGAGCGCUUUGUUAAUGAGUCGAAAGUAAUUCAAAAGUUGUACGCAGAAGUGCUAUUUUAAAGACGUGUAACCUCAAAUUUCCCUAAAAAAGCGAUUUUUCGGACAACAUCUGAAACGAUUCGAAUUCAAUAUGCUGAACACUGAUAAAACGAGGUUUUCCGACCUUAUCUAUAAGAAUGGACCGGAAUACGAAUUCAUUUUUUAAGAAGAUUCUUUAGACGUAUUAUGAAACCAAUGACUGUUGAAGAAGCAGAGACAAGAAAGGCAUUUUUAGCUAAAGGAUACUUUCUUUUUAGUGCUUUAGCUUUGAGUACUGUUAUUUAUCAUAUACGACAUGGUAAAUUAGAAUGGUUAGAAGCUGAAGGAUUGGUUCCAGAAGAAGAAACCAAACUUUCACCUGGAUUUCAAUAUGCGCGUAUGUUAGGAGUAGAAAAAGCUACAGUAAUUCGAAUAAAAGGUUUUGAAGUACUCAAUAAAAAAGAAUAUAAAAAAGAUACAUUUGAUAUAAAUAAACACAUUGAAGAAGAAGAGGUUAAUUCAGAGAUUCUUGGGCCAGAAAAGUCAUUUGUUAAAUAAAAUAUUAAUGAUUAUUUAUUAUAUUAGUAAGAUGUUGUAAAUUAUUGUUUUGUAUAAAAAAUAAAUUGUUAAUAGCAUAAAAAGUA